AACGCCUCUGAUGCUAAUGAAGUCCGACUUUCUCCGAAAUUACCAAAAGGGUCGACCACCGAGGGCCGCAGGCAGGCAGCGCAAUGACAAAAAGGGUGGUCCAACAAUCGUGAAUACCAAAAAAAGAAGUACGAAGGACCUCAGAUUAUUAUCAUUAUAUUCGAAAGUCGAGAUAUUAUACAUACAUAAUCGUCUAUAAUAUAUACCGUAGGAUUGGCGGGUUUGUUCCACUGAGAUGACUGGCGGAUGGCGGGGGCGGGGGAAUGGGAAACACUCAAUGCACAACCUACAAUUUCUAGUGAAAACAAUCUCUCCGCCAGUCCUACUGUAUAUAUAUAUGUAUGUAUGUAUAAUAAUAAUCAGUGUAACCGUUUGUUAAGAUUUAUUUAUGUGUUUAUUUUUCAUUUUUUCAAGUAAAAAUUGAAACAAUUGAAGGCAUUGAAAUAUAGAGAAUAUUUAUGAAAUUCAGCGAUAUGCAUUGUAAAAGGGCAAAUUUCAUCAAAAUAAUACUAAUGUGUGUAUUGAAUACAAUAAGAGUUUAAUUGACUUUGCUCUGUGACUUUGUGUGAUCUGUUGUUAUUGAAUUAUUGAAUAAAUUAAAUCAAUAAAAUGGCGAAAAUUCAAUGGGUUCUUCAAGAAUGUCCAAGAAUAUUGAGAAUGAAUUUGAAAACCAAAUGGAGACGAUUAAAAAUAGCAUUGAACAGUCUAUUUUAUAAUGAUUUUAUGAGUUGGGGAUAUGCCUGUGAUAUUGUGAUGGAGCCAAUUUGUUGGUUUGUUGAAAAUUUUACAGCAGUUUUAGGUCCAAUAUUAGUAACAAUGGUAACAGCAUUAACCGCUGCCAUUGUGUACAUAGCAUACUAUAUUGGACUCCCUUACUGGUGGGAAAAGAGUCCUUUAUCAACAAUCUUUCUACUACUAGUAGGAAAUUGGUUACUUGUAAAUGUUUGUUUUCAUUAUUAUAUGGGAGUCAAUGUGCCGGCUGGUUAUCCACCACAGGGUGGACUUAUACCUGAAGCAGUCAGUAUAUGUAAAAAAUGUAUAAAACCCAAGCCACCACGUACACAUCAUUGUUCAAUUUGCAACAAAUGUGUUCUCAAGAUGGAUCACCAUUGUCCAUGGCUGAAUAACUGUGUAGGGCACAACAAUCAUCGGCAUUUUUUUCAGUAUAUGGCGUUUACCGUCACUGGUAUUAUGUUUAUUAUGCUUUUUGGAGUAGAAAUAGCAUAUAAAGAUUUCUUUCUCGACCAAGAAAUAGAACUUGAUGGUCAUCCGGUGAGGAUAAAUAAUUCCGAAAUAAUACCCAUGACUGAAUCAAUGGACCAUUUAAAUCCAUCGGAAUUAGCGGAAAUAGCACAAAAAGCUGUAGAAACUAAGGAAAAAGAAUGGCGUAAAAGAAUGAUUUUAUUUGCGGGUCUCAUUUGUGUUGCAACAUUUGCAGCAUUGGGUGCCCUUUCUUGGUGGCAUGCAGGUCUCAUAACUAGGGGUGAAACAAGCAUUGAAGCAAGAAUUAAUAGUACAGAAUCGGCUAAAUACAAGGCCCAAAAUCGAGAAUACUGUAAUCCUUAUGAUUUUGGCCCACGACUGAAUUGGAUUAUUUUCUUGGGUCUUGAAGGAAGAUCUUGGAGACACGUGUUAUUUCCAUCAAUGCACGGUCCGCAUGGUAAUGGCUUGACUUGGGACACUAUUCAUCAUUUUUAUAAUAAUAAGAAAUAUAAUAUUGAUGAUAAAACCACGUGAUGUUUAUCAUUGAGGCCUU